CGAUUCGAAUCUGACUCUUCCCUACUCCCACCUUCACUUGUUGGGAUACCAUCACCUUGACACCACGCCGCUUUCAGAGACAGCUCCUCACAAGUCCAAGACAACGUUCGACAGACACAGACACAAACUUCAGAUACACCACUCAAACCCAGUUCAUCGAAGCCUAUAGCGACACAAAAUGGACAGGAAUGUUACCAAUCCGACUGUCGCAACAAGCUCUGGUUCAACAACCGGUCCAAGUAAGCGGUUUGGCUCUUCGCUAACCAACUGGAAAUCCAGCCAUCCAGUAACACCUCCUCCACGCGAUUAUCAAAACAAACAAGUCUUCCGAAAGAAACCGAUCGACUCUUGGGACUUCCAACGCCCAUGCGGAGUCCAACCACCGGCAGCCGAAGCAGACAUCUCGACAGUAUACCUGAAUGCCAAGAGGAAGCUCGAAGCCAGAUCUCCGUAUGAGCGACCGAGGAAAGCUAGGAAACGGAACAAGCAUCAGUCGAUCUUCUCGACCAGGCUUUCCGACAAGGAAGAUAUCGAAGAUUCAAAUACGACGAACGGGGUGUGGUACGAGAGAGAGCUAGACAGAAAUCUGAGGCAAUGGGCACAAGAAGCUGCGGCACUUAAUUCUUGGGAUGACCCCUUUGUUGACACUCCUCCUCCGAGUCCGUACAGCGAAGCUGGAGAGAGUGUUACCAAGUCAGCCACGGAGAUGGAGGUUGUGGAAGACACCGAUACCGACACCAGGGAGGAGACGCAUAGCACCCGCAAAGAAACAUGCGCAAGAUUGGAGGAAAUGGAGGAAAAGAUUGCGCGUCUACAGAAUAGCUCGAGGAGGAUGACUCGUGCUCAGUCUCAAGAACUCGCCCGUCUUUCCGAAGAGUACUCCUGUCUUUGCGCGGAGUUCUUCCAUAUUCCCCAAGAUCUCUCUCCCUCGAGCGCACUGCCACAGUCGAUCGACGACGACAUGGACAUCGAUGCGGGUCAAGACACGACUGCCCAUCAUCCUCGUUCUGAGUCCCUUCACUCCUCAGACCCCUUGGCAGUGGAGGUACCCAAUAGCGAUAACCAUAGCAGCCUCAACACCAGCUUCAACAGCGACAGCACCAGCACCAGCCCCAGAGAUCCUGCCAUACCCCUCCGCACCCUGCAAGACUUCGAAGGAUACCACCAGUACCUGAAAAUCGAGUUCGGACGCACAAAAGCCCCAGUGUACCAAGAUGCGCCAAAAGUACACAGACAAGUAAGGGAAGAAAAGCUGUUCCUUCUGCUCGCGAACAAGAAGAGACGGGUGAAGAAGUACUGGGAUGCGCUGUCGCAGCGGUCGGGGGAGAUGGGCUCGGAGAGAUUUGAUGCCGGUUACGACACCGAACAGACCACCACCAUCACCGUCGGAGGCACGGGCACCACAAUUCAGGUUACUGGCACGAAGGUCACCAUUCCGGCGAGCUUCGGCCGCCGCCCCAAGACCGAGAUGGGCAACAACAUGAAGUCCAAGAUGGACAACAGCAAGACGGGCAACAAGGCCCAGAAGAACGAACUUCGAAGCAACAUUCCCUCGCCGUACCUCAACGGAUCAUCAUCGACAAAGAUUGCUCAUAAGCCUAAACAUAUUACCAUCACACAAGACAGGAACAUGUCGAACAACAAGAGCGUCGUCAGCACCUCCGAGAACACCGUCCGCCGCAACAUGGACCCCUACAAGCACCUCGACAAAUUGGCCAAGAGCAUUGAAAACAAGAGCCAACACAAGCCCAACAACUCCGCUAAUGCCGACAAGACUCUGAUCGACUUCGGGAAGGGCGAAUACACCACUCUCACCAACGGCGACACAACCAUCACCUACACCAAGGAAUACGGCUGGCCCAUGGCCUACGUCACCUCCACUUCCGCCCAGGUUGUCACCAUCCCGGCGAGCUUUGGACGCGGCAAUCCCAAGACGGACAAGUCCGUGAAGAAGAGUACCUAG